AUGCGAGUUCGUCGAUUCGCACGGACAAUGGGUUCGGUCUUUCGUUACGUGAUGGAGCGUUUUAGUCGCUCGAAUUCUCCCAAGUACAGUUUCCUCUCGGGGGAUACCAACAGCGCCAACCGAUGCUCCAACUUUAACAAUUCUUUUAACCGAUUAUCGCUGUACCGUGGUCUGCUCGCUCAGCAUGUCCCGCCGCUCCUUUGCCUAUUUCUAACCUGUCUAAUCGCUACCCAGCCCCCCAGUGCUUGGAUAGGAACCUGCGUGUUGACCACCAUCCUAAUAACUCUUCUACUUUUCGCUCUGGUAUACUUUAUUGAGUCUUUUUUCACCUUCGCUCCUAACAUCCCCGAUCGCAGUCGCUUCUUCACGGAGCUGCCCCAGUUUCCAACAUGGCGAGUUGUUAGACUCAUUGCGCCUCCAAUGGGAAGCGGCUGCAACGUUACGCUGAAGUGUUUUCUUAUCUUGCAAGAGGACCCAUCGAAACGAGCGGCAGCGCCGACCAUACUCUUCCUUCAUGGAAACGCAGGCAAUAUUGGUCACCGUUUGCCAAUUGCAAAGCUACUCUACGACGUGUGCGGUGCUAAUAUCCUCCUAUUGGAGUAUCGCGGUUUUGGCUAUUCAAAUGGGCAGCCAAAUGAAUAUGGUAUUUACAGUGAUGCGAAGGUAGCGUUUGACUAUUUAGCAUCGGGAGCGGACGGUGAUGUGGACGGACGGAACAUCUUCAUUUUUGGACGCUCGCUUGGUGGUGCUGUUGCCAUAGAUCUAAGCACCCGGCCAGGAGUAGUAACACAUGCCCGGGGCACAAUCCUUGAAAAUACUUUCAGCUCCAUCGGAGGCAUGAGCCAAGCAUUAAGCCGCAAUGUGAUUGGCCCGCUAGGGAAGUACUGUAUACCCACAGCUCUAAUUCACAAUCGUUUUGAAUCAUUGAAAAAGCUCAAGACGCGCAAUUUGGACGAGGGUACAAAGUUUCUCUUCAUCUCCGGUGCGAAAGACGAUCUCGUACCACCUGUCAUGAUGAUGCAGUUGGCCAGUGCGUGGGCAGCAAAUACAGGGAGAAGUCAGGACCCGGAAACACCGUGGAUCUUUGAGGACGCUCAAGACUUUUUGCACCGUGGAAGAGAGGGAAUCGUCCGCAUUGCCGAAGGCAACCACGGAACUACGUGGAUGUGCGACGGCUUCGGCGAUGUCGUCAAGCGUUUCGUCCUCCUGCACGGACUCUCAGGUAGCACACCUACCUGA